AUGGAGCCAUUCAUCGGUACCUGGAAGAUGGAGAAGAGUGAGGGUUUCGACAAGAUCAUGGAACGCCUUGGGGUGGAUUAUUUCACUCGCAAGAUGGGCAAUAUGAUGAAGCCCAACUUGAUAAUCAGCGAUCUGGGUGAUGGCAGGUAUAACAUGCGAUCGGAGAGUAAAUUCAAGACCUCCGAAUUUUCCUUCAAACUGGGAGAACAGUUCAAGGAGGUCACACCGGAUUCACGCGAAGUCAUGUCGAUGCUCACGGUGGAGGAUGGGGUGCUGAAGCAGGAGCAAGUUGGCAAGGACAAGACCACCUACAUUGAUCGUGUGGUUGAUGGCAAUGAGCUGAGGGCGACGGUGAAGGCGGAUGAGUUGGUUUGUGUGAGAACCUACUCAAGAGGGAUGUAA